AUUCACAAAUGUUCCACCUCCUUUUACAUGACACCAUCUCCACACAUAUACACCCACCACCACAACUACCGUAAUACACACCGCCACCACUGCUAUCGAAUCGAACACCACCCUCACUGCUAGAAAAAGGCCUUUUAAUUGCCAGACCAAUUACGAUAGUACCGAAAUUGAAAAAAAAAUGCCAUGCCUUUUUUUUUACUCCUCGUUACAAAUAAAUCGUAUUAUUAUUUUUUGUUUUGUGUCGGCGAUUCAUUCAUCCUCUUGAUCGCAUUCAAAAUACCAUACACUCAUAUUCUAACACCUACGAUCGAUUUAGGAUUUUUGUGUACACAUCGACUCCUCACACUCACCUGCGAUCGAUUUAGGGUUUUUGUGUACAAAUCGACUCCUCACACUCAUGCACCGAGGGUUUAGGGUUUGUCAUGUGCCGGUGUCAUGCUCACAGGGAAUGCAUCUCGAUUGCCUCAAAUGCCUAGACUCUUCGUCCGAUUGCUUUAGCAACAACUCCACAACAAUGAAUAUUCUCACUCUGUAAUCGUUUAGUGUAAGCCUCAUCUCUUUCGUUCUUACUAUUGGACACACUUGAUAUCUCACACUUAGAUUCACAUUAUUUGGUUAAUCUAUUUUUGUUUCCGUGAUUUAAGCUGUGAGGACCUGAUGUUAUAUCUAAUGUUGGAUUUGGUUGGAUGCUUUAUGUUCUUAUUUGUGUCAUCUGAGACGAAAUCCUUGCAUCUGUUGUUGGAUCAGGCCCUUGAAAACACACACAAUCACACACACUUAAUAUAGAUUUUGAGUUUUACUACCUGAACAUUUUUCAUUGAUCUCACAAGUUACAUUAAAUAAGAAACAACCUCAUCACUUGUGACCAAGUAAACUCUAAUAAAACUUGUGCAUAACGAAAUAUAGUACCGACAUUAUAUGACCAAUUCAAGCUCUGACCCUUUGAACUGUAUCCACAACUUCGACCCAUGACCCGGGAAACCGAUUAACCCAACAAUCACCCCCUUAAUCGGUUGUUCACAGCAGCCUUUGAUCACCCUUUUUUCAUCUCGAUUCAAGACCUUUCCCGGACACCCGACCUCCACCUCGGUCACAUCCAAAGUCCUCACCCAAUCUUGACUUUUCCCGGACACCCGACCUCCACCUCGGUCACGUCCAAAGUCCUCCAUACCCGACUGUUGUUUGUCACCACACAUAAUCCGUUUUUACCUAACACUUCUGUGAAACGAGGGCCUUCUUCCACCGAUCAAGAAAACAAAGCAACCCGCUUUUCCCGUCUUCUUUCACCUGCAAAACGAAACAAACCCAAAGCCACCUGCUUUGACCGAUUUUCUGUUCGUUUUCUCAUGCAUCUCCGGUAACUCUCUCCAUUUUCCGGUGACAUACCCACAACCUACCGCCGGAAGAACUACCAUUCUCGCCUUCACAUCCAAGAGCACAACCAUUGGAUUCUACACCAGUGAAAAUCAUGAGCAACAACACCUCGAAGCACCCUCACAAUCGCCUUCAUCUCUGUUAACACCCAUUGUAUGCUAUACAGAGAAGCACAACGACCCUCUGCGACCUACUUCACCAUCAUCGCUUCUUGUUUCAACCAGCAAAUCACCACAAUAAACUGCAGCCACCUGCUGCACACAACAAUUUCUGACAUCUGUAUCAACUUGAACCUCGAAGAAGCCAUUGCCAAACACCAGCCAUUGCCAAACACCCGGCUUUCGCUGUGAUGGCAGCCCCGCACCCGAAGGCUCCUUCCUUUCGAAAGUCGACUCUCAAACCGGCCCUCUUCAACCUUCGCUCUGAUACCAAUUGUUGGAUCAGGCCCUUGAAAACACACACAAUCACACACACUUAAUGUAGAUUUUGAGUUUUACUACCUGAACUUUUUUCAUUGAUCUCACAAGUUACAUUAAAUAAGAAACAAAAACUUAAUCCUAAAGAAAAGGUAGCUAACCUACUAUUGCUACGUGAACUUCCUAAAAGCUAGGAAAAACAACCUCAUCACUUGUGACCAAGUAAACUCUAAUAAAACUUGUGCAUAACAAAAUAUAGUACAGGUAUUAUAUGACCAAUUCAAGCUCUAACCCAUUGAACCGUAUCCGCAACUUCGACCCAUGACCCGGGAAACCGAUUAACCCAACAUCUGUAAUAUUAUAAUGAAGCAUGUAUAAGCAAAAAGAAGACUAAAACCACUGCAAAAGAAAUUGCUAAGAAAUGGACUGUGGAAGCUCAUCUAGGAGGAGGAUUUUUUCCUCAUACCAUUUUCUUAUAAAAUUUUCAAUGAGAGGUGCAAACUUUGGCUUAGCUCAACAGGCGGAAGAGCAACUUUUUGUGUACUCGUGUGGUGGCUACAUUCAGUAUGUGGCCCUAAGAUAUGUCAUGACCAAACAUUUUUUGGUGAAGAGUGAUGUGUACAGCUAUCGUGUGGUCUUGCUUGAAGUGUUGACUGGAAAGAUGGUCAAUCUUUUUGACAAGCCAGACACUUUGUUGAAGCUAAGAUAGGACAAGAUGCAAGAGUAGGGUGGAUUAUUACGAAAAGAAGGCAAGAGGCAUGACCACAACUAAGUGUGGGGUACACAUUCGACAUGGAGCGAUACCGUCAAUUAUGGGGUUAUCAUUGUUAGAAAGAGGAUACAAAUAUGAGAGACUAGUCGAGAGCCUGAUCACCUUCCCAAUUGGUCGAUUCUUUUCGACGAUUUGAGAAUUUUAUUUUUCACGUAGUAGUGUAGCGAGCCACUACUAUUAGCAACGUGACAUUCAAUUCCAUCGUGAUUACCUUCCUGAACUAUGAAGAUCGCGACAUAUCAAUCAUAAUUGCACACUGCGAGGAAGCUUUUCAUCGCUAUAUGAUGUUUCAGAGCUUACAAAGAUUGGGACGUGACAUAUAAAUGCUCGUGACGUGAAAGUGCCUUGCCAUAUUAUUUAUUUGAGUUUUAAAGAUUAGUGUAUUCCAUACUUUGAUGCCAAGUGCUCAUUAUUAUCAGCAAUGAAGUUUAGUUCCAAAAUUAAUUCAUCCAAGACGAUUCGAGCAUUGUAUCAAUAAUUACCCAUAUCAAUCAUUCAAUCUGG